AUGGGAUGGAGAGAUUAUAAAAAUGAUUAUCUCUCAAUUUUUGGAUCUGGAGAUAAUUAAUGUCCUUUAAAUCAUGUACAUGUACCUGGUUUCCAUCCACACUAAUGCCUGUGUAAUUAUUAGUAAUAUAUUUUAGCUAUUUCUCAAGUUUGUAUAGGAGUAACAAAAAUAGAAGUUAGAAUUCAUUUAAAAGAUUAACAUUUAUGUCAUCCCAGAUUCAAAACAUCUAAAAUGUAAAUCGAUAGUACAACUGUGAUUUGUUAGAAUGGUUAUAUGUUAUAAAUAGAUUUAACAUUAGACUAAAAUUUCAUUUACUCAUGUGUUCGUAAGAAUAUUUAUUAUAUAUAAUAGCUGCUUCGGAUGGAAGAUGUUAGAUUUAUUACAAAACACCAAGAAAAAAAGGAUGUUAAUUUUGUCGACCUCCUUUCUAUGGCUAAUAUUGUCAUUAAAGUCAUGAAUGGUAUGAUUAAAGAUAUCAUUCUCCUCCCAGAUGUAAAAAUAUUUUAAAUGUUAGUAUGUGGAGGUUAAUAUUGUUUAGAAUGUUCCGAGAAUUAAUUAUGUUCAAUAUGCCGUCCCACUCAUGCUAAUUCUGAAUAGCUUUAAAGAUGUGAAUUAGGUAAAUGAUAACAUAGAAAUUUAUAGAUUGUAAGGGAUUUAGUACUUGUUACUUGAAAGGUAGUUCGUUAAAAGUAGGUAAAUAUUGUGAAUAUGGAUGGUAUAAAUACUCUGGAAUGUGCUAUAGUAAAUAUAUUUUAUUUAAAUAUCUUUUAGAAUGCCCUAAUGGUUGCAGUUCAUGUAUUGCUCUACUAGAUUAUUAUGGUAGAAUAUAGAUAAGAUGUUAGUCAUGUGAUCGUGGUUAUCUCUUGUUACAAUAGAAUAUCCAUUCUCAAACUUUAUGUUACAUAUCUUAUAAUUGCUUCUCUAAUUAUUAUGUUUAAUCUUCUGAAUUAUUAUGGGAUGGAUACUAUAGUUACAAUAUAAGAUGUGAAUAAUGUGAUAUUGGAUUUAGUUUAAACAAAAGUGGAUAAUGUGUUUGUAAUAAAAUAAGUAAUUUAAAUAGUUACUCGAAACAUGAAAAAAAAUUGUUUCCAUUUAAAUGAAGCUGAUAACAAAUGUUUAGCCUGUAUGCCUUGGUAUGCAUUAUAACCAGAUGGCACAUGCUCACUUAUAAGCUGCAGUCCAAAUUGUCAAACAUGUUUGGAUACUAAUCCACGAUUCUGUACAACUUGUGAUGGAUCUAAAGGUAAAGUACUUGAUGAAAUUAAUGGUAUUUGUUUAUGUUUACCACCAACUGGUGUUUAUAAUGAUAUAUGCAAGCCUUGUAAAGAGGGGUAUUGUAAUGAAUGCGAAGUGUUUGAUUUUUUUUUAUGUACUUCAUGUAAAUUAGGAUCAAAUAGAAUUCUUGCUAAUUAAGAAUGCAUGUGUCAACCUGGAACAUAUGAUACUUAAAAAGAUGAUUAAAUUUGUCUCGGUAUUUGUAUUAUUCAUAAUUUAAGCUUGUGAUAAAUCUUGUUUAACUUGUUCAGGAUCAUCUAAUCAUGAAUGUACUUAAUGCUUAGAUGAAAGUAUUUCAAAUAGAAUAUCAAUUGAUAAAUCUUGUCCAUGCAAAAUUGGAUAUGCUGAUUCUGAAAUAAGAGAAUUCAUAUGUGGAAGUAAAAUAAUUUUAAAUUCAGAAUGUCAUCCGAGAUGUCGAACUUGUUUUAAAUCAACUGAUGAGACUAUGGACUAAUAUUGUCUAACUUGUAUUCCCGGAGAAAAUAGAAUUGUUACAGAUAAUUUCACUUGUGAUUGCCAAUAUAAUUAUGGAGAUAACAAUGGUACUUAUGAUAUAUGUUUCAGUAAUUUAAUAUAUUUAAAUUUAGCCUGUCAUUACACUUGUGGAAAUUGUUAAAAUCCUGAACCCACAGGUUGUACUUAUUGUUUAUUAAGCUCAAACAGAGAUUUAACAACUUAUGGAGAAUGUUUAUGCUAAAAAUCAUAUUAUGAUGAUGAAAAUGAUAAUAUUGAAUGCAAAAGUAAUAAUAUUUUUAUUAUGUGAUUUAUAGGAUGUUUUUAUACUUGUUAAGAUUGUACAAAAAGCCCUUUAAAAGAUUCUUGCACAGAAUGUCCUGUAACUAGAAUACCUAAUAACCCAUUAACAACAUCAUUUGAAUGUAUAUGUUCUUCUCCACAAACUUUUGACGAUGGAUUUUCACUUACUUGCUAAGAAUGCCAUCACACUUGUUAAACUUGUAAUGGUCCUCUUCCAUCUAAUUGUUUAUCAUGUAAUACUACUUACAGAGUGA